AUGCGCCGUGACGUCAUGUUGUGCGCGUCGGUCUUUACCAUUUCAUUGCAAUCAACAUGGGGGUGACAUGCGUUUCACAGGUUCCGUUGGCAGAAGGAAAGAGUGUGCAGCAGACAGUAGAACUUCUGUCCCGAAAACUAGAGCAGAUGGGAGCAGAGAAGCAAGGAACGUUUUAUGUGGACUGUGAAACAUAUCAUACAGCUGGUGCCAGCAUGGGGACCACAGGUCAAACCGGGAAGCUUCUAUAUGUCAUGCACAAUUCAGAAUACCCCCUUAGCACCUUUGCCCUAUUUGAAAAUGGUCCUUGCUUGGUUGCUGACUUGAACCUCGAUGUUCUGAUGGUGAAACUGAAGGGCUUCUUCCAAAAUGCUAAAGCCAACAAGAUGGAGACUCGGGGAACUCGCUACCAGUACUGUGAUUUCCUGGUGAAGAUUGGCACAGUCACUAUGGGGCAAAGUGGCCGUGGCAUCUCAGUUGAGGUUGAUUACUGCCCGUGUGCUGUGCCAGGCGAUUGCUGGAACCUAAUGGUGGAAUUCAUGCAGAGUUUCAUGGGUAACAAUGCACCAUCUGUUCCUCCUAUCUUCAGUGCCAAACAUGAUUCACUGUACACACCUGCAGAAACCAUGGUGCAGUACAUGGAGCUGCUCAACAAGAUCCGCAAGCAACAGCAAGGUUCAGUUGCAGGGAUGCGGUGAUUUGGAGGAGGACAUCUACCUGUCCCAGUUAUUGCUCAAUAUUUUGUCCCACCACACAAAGCAAAAUAAAAUAAUUUAAUACCUACAUUCGUUGAGGCAAAAUAAUGUUAAUUGCCUGCAUUCAUUGAGAAGCAGCAACUGAUGUUUGCACUUUGGAGAAGGGAGAGAUUUACUAAACCGAGGUUGGAGUUUCACCGCUACAAGCAUCCUUUAUGUGAAGAAGGAAAGAGCAAGACAAGCACAGUGAAGCAGUUGCUGGAGGACAGUGUCAGAUUGAAUCAAUGCGAUCUGCAGAACAUUGUGCCGGAUUCUGAGUUGUUAACCUGUUUGCUCAUAUGGCAGAAGAUCUGUGCAAGCGAAAUGCAAAUCAAAAAAAUAUGGAAAAAACACUGUAAA